AUGGCCUUGCUUUGGCUGGCGGCGUUUCUGACGCCCGUGUCCUGCGUGCUGCCCACUGACCGUUCACAUCACCAGGUGCCGUCUGCAGCCCAGAGUCAUCCGUCCUGGAGUCCUGGCACCUGCUUUCUUGUUGCCUCUGCAAACAGCUCUUUGGGACACAGUGUUGCUGAGGCCCCGUCCUGAGGUGACUGUGUCCUGUUGUGACAGCCGCAGGUUGGAGGCGUCAGACAGGCCAGAUCCACAGCCACCGAUUAAGAACUUAAGGAUGGAAACGAAAAGCAAAAUGCUGGCCUGGGACGUCACGGGAAAUAUUUCUAGCAUCAAAUGCUUCAAAGACUCCAAGAACUCCUCAAAGGGACAAACUCAAAAGUCUUGCACGUUUUACGUCCUCCCCAAGUGCAAAGCGUCAAACUACACCGUGAAUGUCACCACGGUGGAUGGGAAGUCGUUUUCCACGUGGAUUCGGUACCCGGAGCAAGAAGGGAACCCUGGGGCAGCCGCCCAGGGCCUGGAAUGCCAGGUUCACGAUGUGGAUUUCCUGACGUGCGGAUGGAAGGUGGGCCCCGAGGCCCCCAGCGACGUCCAAUAUUCCUCGUACUUGGAGAACGUGAAAACGGAAAAUAAGUGGGAGUGUCCACGUCACACAGCCAACGGGCUGGGGAUUCACGUCCAGUGUCAGUUCAAGGGCCUGUCCAGGUUCCCGCACGUCCAGUACCGUUUCCUGGUGAAUGGCAACAGCACGCACUCCAGCAUCCCCUGCGCUGAAUGUAUCAUGUACUUGUCACAUAUCGAGGAAUUAAGUCCACCCAACAUGACCGUGAGCUGUAAUAAGUCCCAUUCCGUCAUAGAAUGGAAAACGCGGAGCCACUUCUACCGCAAGAUUGAGUAUGAACUCGAAAUUCAAAAGGGCACAGACGAUCCCUACACACAGAAGGCCCACUUGAAAACCUCCCUCAUCCUAAGCAGCCCCGGAGUCUACACGGUCAAAGUCAGGGCCAUGGUGCUGCGCUACACCAACCAGAAGAAGGGCACCAGCCAGUGGAGUGCCCCGCAGCGCAUCGCGUGCCACCAAGACGAGAACGCGCCUCUCCACUUCUGGCUGACGCCGUUGCUGAUCGCGCUGGCCACGCUGACCUUCGCGGGCUGCGCGCUUCUCCUGUGCAAAAGGUACUCGCUGCGGCAGAAGCUGUUCCCUCCCAUCCCCCACAUGAAAGACCCCAUCGGCGACGGCGCGCACACUGAGAACAUGUUGGCCUGGGAGAGUGACAGAGCCGGCCCGGAGGAGUGUCCAGUGGCCAAGGUGCAGGUUUUGGGAGAAAAAUGAAGCUGGAGUCACUCCCCUGCCGGCCAGGGGGCGUUUGGACGAUGAUGUUUGUAACGGGGGUGGGAGGGGGGAGUGGGAAUUGGCGUGGGCGGGACCCAAAUGCUGUCACGGGAGAAAAUUCCCCCAAUAAAGGUCUUUGUCAACCUGCUCAGUGG